AAUCAGGGUAACUAGAGGUUAAACUCUAUUAUUUCGUUCAAACAGAAGGAAAACUGGCUCUGUGGACAUGUAGGAAAGCUAAGGCCUAUAGACAAAUACUCAGGAAACAAGCUCAUGUGGAUCACAAUUUGACUAGCAAAUUAAAACGUCCUCAAGCCUUUUUCCUUUUGCAUCAUGAGAACCAGACCCAACUGCUGUGGCCUUCGCCCUCAGCUGUUCCUGAUACUGACAACACAAUAAGGAAACGUGUCAAUGUGUGUUUAGGUCGCGUGUGCACUGCAGACCUAUAAGCCUUGGCUGUCCUGAGUUUAAGGUGGGGCGUUUCUCUUACGGCUUCUUUUCAGGUGCAAAGGAUGAAUCAUUCUCCCGUUAUACAAGGAACAAGCGGCUGUGGACUUAUGCUUCUAUGAUGGGCUCCAUAAAGUGCAUAGGCGAAUGUCUGCCUGCGUUUUUGUUGGCCGUCCUUUUUGACUGUUUCGGCCUGAUUCUGCUUUUCAUCGGGUUAUUCGCCAACCUGCGCCUCAACAACAGCUUUUAUGGCGACUUUUUGAUCUACUCCGGCUCUCUGUUCAUUUUCUUAAGCCUGGCCUUCUGGGUCAUGUGGUACGCGGGGAACAUCCCGGUGUCAGAAGAUUACGGUCUGAAGAAGAAGAGGAGCGGCAUCGUCGGCCAGCUGGCGAGGAAGCUGUCCGAGCGAUUAAGCCAGAAACCUAAAGUGGGACAACGCGCCAAGUGCGUUACGGAUGAGGACGACUACCAGGUGGGAAUACCUCCUCACAAACCCAGCAGGGUGACAUGGGGCAAGUCCACAGCCUACCGCAACGAAGGGUAUGAUGACUCUCUGGACUCCCCCACUGUGGAGAAGAACGCGGAGGAGGAAGGAAAAGAGAUUUGGUCUACGGCCAAUGCGUCCUGAAUACCUACCUUCAUACUCAUCUCAUGUGUUAAAUGUCCCCAUAUCAGCUUUGAUGCAUCAGGGACUCCAAUAUGUUGUGAAGGAUACUCCUACAAAUGAAGGCGAAUGUGACUGAACUUUCAUAUUAAAACAUUUAUGUAGCCUAUACUGCAGCCCUUCAGAAGAUUUGAACCACUUUCUUAAAUAGUUGUAAUUGUUUCCAUUUUCUGUUGCACUUUAUUGGGGGGGUCAGAAUUUCCUAAUAAUUCCCUAGAAGUUUCCUGGAAACAACUUGGUGCUAUAGGGAAAAUAGAUGUUUUGUUGGUGCACUCUCAGGUAAUCGGUUCCACUUGAAGUGCACACGUCAGCUAAACACACAAAACAAUACUGAAUUAAUAUUUAUUUGGCUUUAAGUGAAGAAGUUUUUAUUCUUCUUAUGUUUGAUUUUACUGCUACCGAGUUACAUUAUUAGGAAUGGGGCCAUAACAUAUAUUAGAGUUUUAACUGUCUAACUAUUUAAUUGUUUUGUUGUUGUUUUCAGUUCUGUUGUUCAUUUCAUUCCCGACAUGAAGGUCUACAGUUUCAAAACCUCUUUGUGUGGCAGUUAGUUUGUGGUCAUUUAUUUUACUGCAUAUUUGUUAAUGGCACGUCCACUUUUGUAUAUAAACUGAUGUACAGUAGCGAGCUUAAUGCAACACCUGCAUUAUUACUUCAUUUUGAGGCUCUGUGUUGUAAAGAUCCCAUGGUAAAAUGUAUUUAUACUUACAUGGUCCAUUUUAAUUCAAGAAUACAUGAUUAAUCAAGUUAACUUAAACUAAGGUGUAAACACUGGAAUCUGCAUAUAAAACCCCACCCACUGAGUACACUCUUAAAGAAACACCUCAGCCCUCUGAGGUAGCAUACAGCCUGUUUAUGAGCCUGCAGUAGCAAAGCUCUGAACCAGAACUACAGUUUGUCUCUGUUGUGUCCAGCUAAUAAGGUUUCUUCACUUAUAGUUCUCAUUGUUUUAAUGUUUUUGUCUCCAUAGUACUUUUUGUCAUGUCCCAUAUAUCUUGAAGCUGCUAUACUCAGAGAAUAAAGUCAGGUCAUGUUUGCUGGCUGAUUUGCUGCAGAAGUGACAUUAACACUGGUCAGACUGGUUUGUC